AUGCUCAAGCUAAUUACCUUUUUUAAUUUACUGCUUUGGACCAGCCGUGGCCAUUCGCCCUCAUGUCGCCAGAAGACUGGCAUCCCUUAUCAGUCAAGUAUGAUCGUCGCCAGACAUACUCACAAACGAUCCUCGUCACAGUGGAUCCCACCGUCUGCUCCGCUGCACAAUCCAGUCAGCGUUUUCCGCGGUCGCAGCAGCAGAGCAAAAGGAUCUCGCAUGGUACAGCCGAAUCACUUGUUCGAUGAACCACGCUACGAUCUCGCUAAUUUUCGUCAAUUCACUGACAACUCCAUAACAACGACAAAGUACAGCCUUCUUACGUUUAUUCCGUACAAUAUCAUUCAUCAAAUAUGUACGAAAUAUGCUAACAUCUAUUUCUUAUUCAUAGCAGUCCUUAAUUUCUGUCCUUUAUUUGGAGCUUAUACGAAGAUUCUUGGAUUGGUCCCGAUUAGCUUUGUUCUCGGUACAACACUUAUAAAGGAUGGUUUUGAAGAUUUAAGACGCUGGCGCUACGACAACAAAAUCAACAAGAGGACAUGCCAUGUGUGGGAUCGCGAACGUCAGAUGUUCCGGAAAAUGCACUGGAAACAUAUACUUGUUGGCGAUUUCGUGCACGUUUCGAAUGAGCAAGAUAUACCAGCCGAUGUGCUCUUUCUGAGAUCUUCUGAUGAGAACGGCACCUGUUAUGUUGAGACGUGCAAUCUCGACGGUGAAACGUCAUUGAAGCAAAGACUUGUACCGCGGCAGUACGUUUCGUUUUCACAGCCAGAGUCAAACUUCACACCUUCACAGUUUACUGGUACGGUAUUCUGUGAGCCACCUGAUCCAGCCAUCUAUACAAUCCGUGCGAAAAUAGAGUAUCAACCAGUUUCUUAUUCGGACGUUAGUUGGUCAACAUAUUUAAAAUACGUGAUCACUAAGGAUAACAUGCUCUUGCGUGGAAGUCGCCUUCGCAACACGACCUUCAUCGAAGGGAUAGUGUUAUACGCAGGUCAUGACACGAAAGUCAUGAUGAACAAUGGCCGUGCACCUCAUAAAGUCUCCGGGAUUGAGCAGCUUACGAAUAAGUUCAUCAUCGUUUGCAUGGUAAUUCUUGCAGUAAUGGUUUUCGGAAGCUCUUUAAUGUCUGGUUUUUGGUCCCGUGAUCACCCACCGCCGAAAGACGGUACAGGAUUCGUACCAGAUCCAUUCAUUGUGUGGAACUCGCCGGCUCCAGUUCUUGAUGGGCUAUAUAAUGUAGGCACAUUUAUUAUUUGUUAUCAGGUUAUCGUACCUAUUUCGCUAUACAUCACCGUUGAAAUCAUCAAAGCAGCGCAGAUAUAUUUCCUCAGUCAAGAUAUUGAACUAUACGAUAGAGACUCGGACCGCCCCAUUGACUGCAGAUCGCUUAAUAUUCCUGAGGAACUGGGACAGAUAUCACACAUACUGUCAGAUAAGACUGGGACACUUACCGAGAACAUUAUGGUAUUCCGUAAUUGCGCAUUUGAUCGCAAAGACUAUGGAUCAGAAAAGAACUUGAAGGACGUUGAUCCCACUCAACCAGUUGCUUCAACGGCUCUUCAUGCGAGGGUGAUGGCACAGUGGCGUUCUAAUGCUAAUCUAAGGCACUUCUUCUUGAAUAUGGUACUGAACAAUUCGGUCGUUGUGAAUAAAAUACCGCACAAAGAUGCAUUAGAGAUUGGCUUCUUUGAACACGGAGUUUAUAACAUAGGAAACUCGUCUUUCUAUGACAUUACACUUGAACAUUUUCAAGAAAUGGUCGCUAAACUGACGAAUCAUCUACCGUUGGCAUCUAGACCGGAAUCACUCAUGGAGAAUUUGUCUCGGAUCCCUGAAGAUGAUGAGUUGACAACUGUUUCACCAGGAUUGUCGUCGCUUCCAACGCCGAUCUCUCCCGAUUUCGAGAAGGAACAGUCUGUGACACCGACGCUAGCACCCGUUUCAAGAGUAUCGUCGUUCUCAAAAUUUGUGAAAAGAAACCUCAUAUCACCUAUAACGGACCUGAUUCCGUACGAUUCCAUUCGUAAACGUCAUGAAACCUUCGUAGCAAAGGAGGAGUUUUGUCCGUACGAAGCCGAGAGUCCGGACGAAUUAGCGAUAAUUUUGGGUACUCCUGCUUUCGAUUUAAUUUUGUUAUGA